UCCGGUGCGCAGGCACCUCCUCUUUGGGCUGCUCCGGCGACUUCAGCUUUCUGGCUUGCGCCAGGGGCAGGGCUUCUCCCAUACACCAGGAUCUCGCCCAGGAAUCGAAACUGUACGGGGCACCAUGCAGAAGGAGCCUGCACCCUCUCGAUCUCCCAGCUUCCAGCAGGCCUCCACCCUGCUCCCCACGCCCACCGUGCCUCCCCCGGAUCCCCCCUGCGAUGGCCACGAACCCAGCCACAACCACAGCCCUGCAGAGGCUAUGGAGGAGGAGUUCCAGUUUCUGCGCUGCCAGGGCUGCCAGACGCAAGCCAAGUGCCCCAAGCUGCUGCCUUGCCUGCACACGCUGUGUUCCGGAUGCCUGGAGGCGCCCAGCCUGCAGUGUCCCAUCUGCCAGGCGCCUCGGUCUCCGGACGGUGAUGCGCAGGCCUUGGAUAACGUGUUCUUCGAGAGCCUGCAGCGCCGCCUGUCGGUGUACCGGCAGAUGGUGGACCAGCGGGCCCUCUGCACCCGCUGCAAGGAGCGGGCGGACUUCUGGUGUUUCGAAUGCGAGCAGCUCCUGUGCGUCAAAUGCUUCGAGGCGCACCAGUGGUUCCUGAAGCACGAGGCCCGGCCCGUGGCCGAGCUCCGCAGCCAGUCCGUACGCGAAUUCCUAGACGGUACCCGCAAGUCAAACAACAUCUUCUGCUCCAACUCCAACCAUCGCUCCCCUGCACAGAUUAGCAUCUAUUGUCGAGGCUGCUGCAAGCCACUGUGCUGCACCUGCGCGCUCCUGGACCGCCGCCACAGUGACCUCCAGUGCGACAUCAGCUCAGAGAUCCAGAGGCGGCAAGAGGAGCUGGGCACCAUGACGCAGGAGCUGCAGGAGCAGGGCGGCGCCUUCCAGAGGGCGCACGCGCAGAUGGGCAGCGCCCUGGGCCAGCUGAGCCAGCAGCGCGCCGACACCGAGGAGCUGAUCCGCUCGCGCAUGCGCCAGGUGGUAGCGCACGUGCAGGCCAAGGAGCGCGAGCUGCUGGACGCGCUCUCCUCCAAGUACCAGCUGGACUACGAGCAGAUGGCCGGCCACCUGGGCCGCCUGGACGCCGUGCUGCAGCGCAUCCAGACGGGCGGCGCCCUGGUGAAGAGGAUGAAACUCUACGCCUCCGACCAGGAGGUGAUGUUCAUGCACGACUUCCUGCGCCAGGCGCUGGGCCGCCUGCGGCAGGAGAAGCCCCAGGGCCUGCAAGCCCCCGUGCCCACCAGCGGCUUCCAGGAGUUUAAGGUGCGCCUGCAGGACUUCAUCUCUUGCAUCACCCAGGCGACAGAUGCAGCCGUAUCCAGGAGACCCAGCCCGGCAGCAGUCAGCACUUCUGGGGAGUCUUUUGAUGUUGAGCUGGUGAGAGAGCCCAGUGAGGUGCAGAGGACACAGAACCAGGCCCUGGAGCUGACUGAGACCCAACCUGUGGCUGUGGUACAGUCGGUACCUGGAGUACACCCUGUGCCCAUGUACGCCUUCUCCAUCAAAAGCCCCUCCUACAGAGAGGAGGCCUCCCAAACCCCCACCCUCAUGAAAAGGAAGAGCUGCCAGACCCAGUGCUCCAGGAAGAUGAUCAAGAUGGAGACUGAGGAAGAAAGGUUGGCGAGGUUAGCCCCAAGCUCUCCCGAGCAGCCCAGGCCAAGCACCUCCAAGGCACUCUCACCUCCCCACCUGGAUGGGCCCUCUAGCCCCGAGAGCCCCAUCAUAGAAAAGGAGGUCAUCCCACCCACCAGCAACCAUGUGACCAGCAACACAAAGGAGGCUGAGGAACGCAUCGUGGUGAUCAGCAGUUCAGAAGACUCAGAUACUGAGAAUUCGUCCUCCCACGAGCUGGACGACAGCAGCAGCGAGUCCAGUGACCUCCAGCUGGAGGGCCCCAGCUCCCUCAGGGUCUUGGAUGAGAGCCUCGCCGACCCCCGAGCAGAAGACAGGCCCCUGGUUUUCUUUGACCUCAAGAUUGACAAUGAAACCCAGAAAAUCAGCCAGCUAGCCGCAGUGAACCGAGAAAGCAAGUUCCGAGUGCUCAUCCAGCCUGAGGCCUUCAGCGUCUACUCCAAGGCUGUCUCUCUGGAGGUGGGCUUGCAGCAUUUCCUUGGCUUCCUGACCUCCAUGCACCGCCCCAUCUUGGCCUGCUACAAGCUGUGGGGCCCCGGGCUCCCCACUUUCUUCCGGGCCCUGGACGACAUUAACAAGCUGUGGGAGUUCCAGCAGGCCAUCUCGGGCUUCCUGUCCGCACUGCCCCUCAUCCGGGAGCGCGUGCCUGGGGCCAGCAGCUUCAAACUCAAGAACCUGGCCAAGACCUACCUGGCAAGAAACAUGAGUGAACGCAGUGCCCUGGCUGCCGUGAUGGCCAUGCGAGACCUAUGCCGCCUCCUCGAGGUCUCCCCGGGACCCCAGCUGGCCCAGCACGUCUACCCCUUCAGCAGCCUGCAGUGUUUUGCUUCCCUGCAGCCCUUGCUUCGGGCAGGAGUCCUGCCCAGGGCCGAGGCCCGCCUCUUGGCCCUCAACAACGUGAGCUUUCUGGAGCUGCUGACCGCGUACCGCGGCAACCCCCAGCAGGCCUUGAAGAAGUAUGGCCGCUACCUGAGUCUGCAGACCACCUCGUCGUCCGUAACCCGGCCCAGCCAAUACCUGCGGGCUCUGAGCACUUACCUGGACGCCCUGUCGGAGACACCUGCCCUGGCACAGGCAGAAGGCAUCUCUACCCGUCUCACUGGCCACAGCGUGGUCCAAAAGGCUUCCCCGCAGAGCUGAGAGGGGGAGAUAGCUUGCCUAGGAUCUCGGUAGACCAAGACAGGUGUGGUGGGGAGGGGUCCCCGAGCCAGGCCCCACCCAUCAGAGCAUUCCCAGGUUCUGGUCCCCAGUACGCAGCUGUCAUUUGGUCCAUCGUCAGUGCCCCUUCUCUGGGACCAAACCCUGUUUCUCUAAAAUUCCCACCAUGGCAGCAGCCAAGAGCACCUGGACCACCCAGGCUGUCCUUCAGAAGCCAGAUCCAGGAAGGUCCAAGGUGAAGAAGGCUCUGUGCCCUAGUUGUCCCCCCCCCCCAUACUGCUCUCUACAUGCCACUACCAUGGCGGCCUUGCAGCUCUUCCCUGACACCAGUCACUGCCCCAGGUGACCUGCUGAUGGCUCCCGUGGAGAGCACUCUGAAGUGAUGCUGGCCACUCACCACCACAGGUACCCAAAGUGCCUUUUAAACCAAACUGCCCCUCAAGAAUUUAGGUCCUCUUUAGCCCUUACUUGUUCAGAGGCCAACUCUGUUCACUUCCUUUUUAGAGCACUUUUCAUCCCAAAGGGGCCCCGGAUCAGAGAGAGCUUGGUAGAGACCGUUGCUCCUUCAGCCAUGUCUUCCACAAUCUGACCCUUCAAAGCUUCCUUGCUUCCUCCCAGCCAUGAAAAUUCCUUCCUUUCAUCAACAUGACUCCCCCCCCCAACUCCCUGUACUGGUUCCACCCUCAGCCUUCCUGAGGGAAGGGUCCGGGUCUGCAUCAGCAUCACUAAGAGCUUGGGGUAGUUAGUGGGCUCUACCUUGGGCCUCUGGGAUUCAGGCUGUCUGGGGUUGGGACUCCCAGUGUUGACAGGUUCUGCCAGUGAUUCUAUGCCUGUUCCAGUCAGAGAAGCCUGGCCUGUCAUAGACCACCCCUCCAAGGGAGAAGUUGAAGAGCAGAGAAAGCCCCUGGCUGUGUGCAUUGUGUGUGACUGGGCAAAGACACCCUGCCCUCACUCCAAAGCCCUAGUGUCCCCAUCUAUGAACUAGGCUGAUUGCUCUGCAUUGUCUCAGAGCCCGCAGUCAGCUGCGGCAUCCUGGGCUUUCAGGCACGGACAGCAGGCCUCUCCCCCGCCCCCUACAGCAGCAGAUAUAAAUAUCUUUACCCUUGAACCCUAGUCCUACUCCAAGCCUAGUCCUCAACCAGAGGUCGGUAACGGAACGUUGCAAGGUCAGGGCUGUUGGCUGGGAUUAGCGAAAUUGCUGCGCUUUGCCCUCACUCCAUUCUUACUCCCUGCUUCUAGAGUGCUUCCCAGAGAGCCCAGCAUGGCAGCUUUGGGUCUGUGGGAGCUUGUUUCCCCACCCCAGGAGAGCUAGCUCCAACAGGGAACUCAGAUUCCAACAACAGCCCGCAGCCUAGCGCUGGGCUGAUCGGGGCCCCCCAAGUCCCAGCCCCAAGUAAGUUGGAUGUCUUCACUCACAGUUGGCCAUGGGUUUUGUGAUAAAGGGGUGCCCUUUGCUGUCGCUGCCAUUACAGCCUUAAGUAAAGAUGUGAACCUCGAAAGCCUGAUGUUCUCUUCAACAGAUCUCCUCAGCCCUCCAACACAGAGGAGCCAGUGAGCUGCCUCUGCCUGGUGGGGAGGAGGCUCUCCCUGGCAUGGGGAGGGGGGCAAGCAGGCACUUGCCCAGUACGCCCAUGCUUUGUGAGGGUCUUUCAGGGACUGACAGGGCUGAGAGCCCCCUUGCUCGGUAUUGAUCUCCUUAUUUCAAGUAGGGAGACCCGGAUUGAGUUAGCCUCGGGAUCAUUUUUAUUUAUUUGAGAGAGAGAGAAAGAGGCAGACAGAGAAUGGGUGCGCCAGGGCCUCCAACCACUGCAAAUGAACUCCAGACGCGUGUGCCCUCUGGUGCAUUUAGCUAAUGUGGGUCCUGGGGAAUCAAACUGAGGUCCUUUGGCUUUGCAGGCAAAUGCCUUAACUGCUAAGCCAUCUCUCCAGCCUCCCCCCCCCCCACCGCCCUUAGGAGCUCGUAAGGCCACAUGGAGGGAAAGAGGCACCAACUUCAAGAAUUGCCUCCUAGGAGGAGCCAGCAAGAAGGGACCGUAGGAACUUCGCCAUUGGGUCAUCUCCUUUUGCUUUUAUGUCUCCAGUUGACAGUUGGUAAAAUCCUAAAAAAAUAAAUAAAUAAAACGGAGCUGGGGGAGGCAGGGGAGUGAGAUGCCUGGGACGUUGACAGGACUGCCUUGGAAGUGUCCAAACAAAAUUUACAUUCGUACCUUCAGCACUUCCCAUCGUACAGCGUUCCAGGGAUUAAAGCAGGUGAUGGAGUUAUCAGUGCCACCUCCAUUAAAGCCACUUCCUGUCCUACGUACCCAGAUUCCAUCCUGGGGCUCACGUUGAUCCCUUGAUCAAAAACAAAAAAAAAAAAAAACAAAAAACCAAA